AUGGUUCCCAAUGAAGCUCAUCAGUACGUGGGGAUUAUCCAGUUACUACAGCAUUUCAAAUGGACCUGGGUCGGGAUUUUUGCUGUGGAUGAUGAAAGUGGAGAGCAUUUCUUGAAGACCCUAGAGCCACUACUUUCCAGUAAGGGAAUCUGUUUGGCUUUUGCUCAAAGCAUCCAAAGCAACAUAAAUUGGAAUAAUUUAGUAGAUUUGAAUCAUUUAAUCUCAAAAGUAUACCUUCCUUUCACAGUGAGGAAAACCAAUGCCUUUAUCCUCUAUGGAGAAACUGGGAUCCUUGUAAGGAUGAUUACUCUGUUGUUUUUGGGAAAUCCAGGAUAUAGGGAAGAUGCAUCAAUUAGUAAAGUGUGGAUCACAACUGCCCAGAUUGAUUUUGCUUUAUUAGGUGUACAAAGGACAGCGGACUUAUACUUGUUCCAAGGUGCCAUUUCCUUUGCAAUACACUCAAAAGCGAUUCAAGAGUUUUGGACAUUUCUUCAUAUGGUAAAACCUCACUGGACACAAAGAGAUGGCUUUCUUAAGGACUUCUGGGAGCAAGCAUUUGACUGCUCAUUGCUAAAUCCCCAGGAGCCGAUGACCGAUGGAGCAUGUAAUGGGGAGGAGAAGUUGGAGAACCUUCCUGCGACUCUUUUUGAAAUGCACAUGACUGGGCAUAGCUACAGCAUUUAUAAUGCUGUCUAUGCUGUGGCACAUGCUUUGCAUGCCAUGUACACAUCCAGAUCCAAUCAUAGAACAAAGUUGAUUGGUCAAACAGCUGAAUAUCAAACUCUCUGGCCUUGGCAGCUCCACUCAUUUCUUCAAGGCAUUUCAUUUAACAACUCAGCCGGAGAAACAGUGUCCUUCAAUGAAGAUAGGGAAAUGGCAGCCGCGUUUGAUAUAACAAACUUAGUGACAUUUCCAAACAAGUCUUUCCAAAGGGUAAACAUUGGAAGGAUAGAUCCUAAUGCAGCUGAAGGGAACAGAUUUAUCAUUCACGAGGAUAUGAUUGUGUGGCAUCAAACGUUUAACCAGGUGCUGCCCCUUUCACUUUGCAAUGACUACUGCCAGCCUGGUUAUCAGAAGGAAAAGAAGGAAGGGGAGCAAUUUUGCUGCUAUGAUUGUGUUCCAUGCUCAGAAGGAAAAAUUGCAAACCAGAAAGAUAUGGAUGACUGCAUCAACUGCCCAGAAGAUCAAUAUCCAAGCAAGGACCAGGAUCACUGUAUUCCCAAGACGAUAAGCUUUCUGUCUUAUGAAGAACCUCUGGGGAUCAGUUUAGCCUUUGCUACUGCUUGUUGUUCUCUGACCACAGUCUUGGUGCUUGGGACUUUCAUUACACACAAAGAUACCCCCAUCGUCAAAGCCAACAACCGAGAUCUCACCUACCUUCUCCUCAUCUCCCUCCUGCUCUGCUUUCUCUGCUCUUUCCUGUUUCUCGGAAAACCCCGGAAAGAGACCUGCUUUCUCCGCCAGUCUGCUUUUGGUGUCAUCUUUUCCUUAGCUGUUUCUUGUAUGUUGUCCAAAACCAUCACUGUCAUUGUAGCUUUCAUGGCCACCAACCCUGGGUCCAACAUGAGGAAGUGGGUGGGGAAAAGACUGACCAACUCUGUUGUUAUUUCCUGUGCCUUUAUGCAAGUAGGGAUUUGUAUGGUGUGGCUCAGAACCUCUCCCCCUUUCCCAGAUUUUGACAUGAAAACACUGAGAAGAGAGAUUGUGGCAGAAUGUAAUGAAGGGUCUGUCAUCAUGUUCUAUAUUGUCCUCAGCUACAUGGGACUUCUGUCCAUCAUCAGCUUGACGGUGGCUUUUCUAGCCAGGAAGUUGCCAGACAGUUUCAACGAAGCCAAGUUCAUCACCUUCAGCAUGUUGAUCUUCUGCAGUGUUUGGGUGUUGUUUGUUCCCACCUACCUGAGCACCAAAGGGAAAUACAUGGUAGCUGUGGAGAUCUUCUCUAUCUUAGUUUCCAGUGCUGGGUUACUGAUUUGCAUCUUUUGUCCAAAAUGCUAUGUUAUUCUGUUUAGGCCUGAGCUGAACAAGAGAGAGCAGCUUAUAAAUAGAAAGCAUUAA